AUGGCUUUCACUCAAAAUGGAAAAGGCUAUGCCAAUUCUCUUAGCUUUGAUUCAGAAAUGUUUGUUGAAGGAGUAGAAGAUAUUGGUGAUUUCUUUGAGGAUUUAAUUCCUGAUGAAGAGGAAGAAAAUUAUUCGGAUUUAUUAGUAGCAGGAUUAAUUCGACAAUUCGAAAAUCCGGCAUCACGUCGGUGUAAUUCAUUUCGACAUGCAGCGACAUGGAUGGAUGAAUUUAGUGGUGAUGGAGAACCUGCCUCUUCACCAUUGCUUAUAAAUUUAUCAUACAAAAGUUCAAAGUCACCAAAUAAUCCAACAAGUAAAAAAGGAUUAUAUUAA